AUGCAGCAUCUAUCAACAAGUCUACGGAAUUCACCGCUGUUCAAAAGCUCUUUUUGUCGGGCUCGGGCUCUUCACGCUACGCGUAGGGUAUCUCAGCAACCAUGGUUCGUCGACCCAAUACCCCAAGCAUUCGACCGUCGAGCAAGUUUACCCCAUCUCGCCAAUAAAGAGAUACCCUCAAUUCCAGAAGACACGCCGCCAAUCCUGAAAUUACUACAUUCACACCUAGCGCAAUCGCCACAUCUCGACACCAACUUUUUGGCUAUCUGUAGAGCUACAGCCCCCCCUCCAGGGCCCCCAUUACCUUUCCGUUUACCACAUGGACGGCGAAAUCGCGGGGGAACUUAUGCAGGCGAAUCUGCUUAUGACACAAGUGGGGGCCUCUGGGAUUGGACUGCCAUAGCACAGGUGAAGGAGGGAACAGAAAACCGAGGUGCGAUUGAGUCCGUCGUGCGAGUGAUCAGAAAAGUGCUUCUAACGACAACUCCACCUCUCCCGAUCCCACCGAAAUCACGACAACAAAUGGGGAGUGGUUGGGCGAUGAUUGAUGCUGGGACAUUUGCAGUGCAUGUGGUGAGCAAAGAGGUGCGAGAGAAAUAUUUAGAAGGGAAUAUUACAUUAUAA